AUGCGUAUCAUUUUGUCGGACGGCAGCGGGCGCGGCGCACUCGCCAUCAGCGAUUUGCGGGCGAAGCUGUUGCAGCGUUUGCAGCACCGGUGGCAUCACAAUCACGCGGAGUCGUUGCCGGCGGACACAGUAUUGGCAAGCAGGGUGGCGGCUUGGGUUGAUCCAGAGGCGACGACCGAGAGGGUUGCGUGGCAGCGGCAGCUGUUCAAUCAGCAGGAGCUGGAUACCCAGCAGCAGCAGCAGCAGCAGCAGCAGCAGCAGCAGCUUGGGAAAACUGAGGAGGAGACGGCAGAGGAGGAGGCUGCAGAGAAGGAGCAGGCUCAGGCGCACACAGACAGCGGACGGGGAACGCAGCACCUGCCGUUCAACGGCCAUCUAUUUGCCCUGGUGCGGACCUUGCCUAGCCCUGCGCUUGGGAGCAAUUCGCCAAUAUCGGACAAUCAGAAGUGCAGCGCCUGCCCAGCAGCCGGCCGUGCGGGGUCUGCCCAGCGGGCGCCCGCAUGCUCGCGUGUCGCGCCGCGCUACGGCCUGGCAGAGAUGCGUUCGAUGCCCCCGACCGCCAGGCGGGUGACCUUGCUGGCACUGCAGCUGAUCUUGGAGUUGAGCGAUCGGGAGGCGCGAAAAGUCAAAGGGGGGGCUGGGGAGAGUUAUGAACCCAUCAGCCCCCCACAACUGCGCGGCGAGGCCGACAGGCGCAGCUCGCCGCGCCGUUGCUGCGCGUAUUGCGGCAGGACGUCCUCGCAGGGCGCGGCGCUGCGGCGCUGCGCGGGGUGCGGCGCGCUGACGGGUGUGCGCUACUGCAGCCAGGCCUGCUGCCGCAACCACUGGGCGCGGACGGGGCACAGGCAGCAGUGCGAGCAGGCAAAGCGGCAGCUGUGCAAGCAGCGGCAGCAGCAGCAGCAGCAGCAGCAGCAGCAGCAGCAUGAGUGA